AUGCAACCAAAACCUCCAUCGCCUCCUAUCACAUUGAACUCGAGAACAUGCAUGAAAACCUGGCUCAGUAAAAGUACGUUGAUCGGGGAGGCACACAGUCUUGACCACAUCGGUAGCUUACCUGCAACAAUACUAAUAAGCGAUAACACCAAAUAUCUUGGUGGUCUCAACAUUGCCAUCCACUUCGGGUCCUCUGUUGAGGCCAAAGAUUUCCUGGAGGAUGAGAACAGAUGGAGAGAUUGGUUCAGAUGGAUGGUAAAAAGUGAUCAACAAGAACUCAGAUACGAAAGAAUUGCUUGGUUAAAGAUCAUUGGUCUACCCCUAAAGCUUUGGGAUGAAGAAAACUUCAACCUAAUUGCAAGUAGGUUUGGUAGAGUUAUCAAUCCCUUUGAUGGUAUUGGUAAUAGGAGGGAUUACUCUAUGGGAAAAGUGGGGGUUCUCACUUCAGAAAAGAAAUGGAUAAAUGAAGAGAUCACGAUCACUGCCGACGAUGUCAAACAUCAGAUUGGGGUCGUCGAAUAUACGGAUGACUGGUCUCCUUUCAAACCAGUUCCAUUUGAUAAAGUUGACGAUGAUUCAGAUGACGAGGGUGAUUAA